CCACGAAAUCUGCCAUGCCACCACCUUGUUGUUAUUAAAAUGUUUAUUAAAUGUUGACCAUUACUCUUAUUAUAUACAAAAUGUAGUUUAUACGAUUUGCCGUAAAGGCAGAAUUAUUGGUUGGCCGAAUCGCUACAAGAACGGUAAGAGAAAUAGAUUUCCCAUUAAAAUGAACUGACCGAGUGAACAUCCUGAUCUUAUCCAUAAUGUGUCAAAGAUGUGUCUAGAUUUUCGAUCGUUCACGUUUUGUGUUUAGUAUUUACCUCUCUACCUACGAAUUGAGGUAAAAAAAAAACCGGCAGAAUAGAAACAAUCAUCAACAAUGCCGAAAAGAAAAAUAUUAAUGACCCCUCACCCCAAUAACGCAAAACAAAAUAAUCCAAUCUUCAACGAACAAAUUGAUUCGAUUUGUUGUAUUCCUGUAUAUAGACCAUACCCCUCUAGAAGAUGUAAAAAAAAAAUAUUUAAACAGCUUAUGUUUUUGAAAUAAUUUUCAGCUAAUGUUUUGACAAUAAUAGCGGUGAAAUUAGAUUCCCACGCUUCACCAUUGCGAACAUAAUCCCCAUAAUGAUGUUGGGGAGGAAGCAGAGCCUCAAAGGAGAGCCUGUCCUAGCUGAUUACGGGCCAGAAGAGUGUCUAAAUGAAAGUGCUGAUAUCGAAUGGGUCAACAAGCUAUGGGUGCGAAGACUUAUGAGGUUUUGCGCUCUAGUAUCGCUAGCCUCUGUUUGUCUGAAUACACCAAAAACUUUCGAGAAGGUACCUCCACUGCAGUAUGUCACCUUUGUGUGCGAUUUGGUGGUCACAUUUCUUUUUACUGCCGAGAUGAUUGCCAAGAUGCACAUUCGUGGCAUACUGAAGGUCAGAACGACUGGAGAAGUGCCUUACUUGAAAGAUCAUUGGUGCCAAUUUGAUGCGAGUAUGGUGUUAUUUUUGUGGUUGUCCGUUAUACUGCAAAUGUUUGAAAUGUUGGGUUUAGUGUUACGAUUUAGUUAUGCUUCCAUUCUCCGAGCUCCAAGACCGUUGAUCAUGAUUCGAUUUUUACGUGUCUUCCUGAAAUUCUCUAUGCCCAAAUCCAGAAUAAAUCAAAUCUUCAAGCGAUCAAGUCAACAAAUUUACAAUGUAACAUUGUUCUUCCUUUUCUUUAUGUCUCUUUACGGAUUACUGGGAGUUCAAUUUUUUGGAGAAUUGAAAAAUCAUUGUGUUCUUAAUACAACUGAUUCAAACCACAUAACGAUAAACAGUUUAGCUAUACCAGAUACAUUCUGCUCUACUGAUCCGGAAUCUGGAUAUCAAUGUCCUGAAGGAAUGAAAUGCAUGAAAUUAGAGCUGUCAAGGUACAUUAUGGGCUUCAACGGCUUUGACGAGUUUGCCACCAGUAUAUUCACCGUCUAUCAAGCGGCAUCGCAAGAAGGAUGGGUUUUUAUCAUGUACCGAGCUAUUGAUAGUUUACCUGGAUGGAGAGCAGCCUUUUACUUCAGUACAAUGAUCUUUUUCUUGGCUUGGCUUGUUAAGAAUGUUUUCAUUGCCGUUAUUACGGAAACAUUCAAUGAAAUAAGAGUCCAAUUUCAACAAAUGUGGGGCGUUCGAGGUCAUAUCAGCGGAAGUUCCGCUUCUCAGAUCCUAACCGGCGAUGACAAUGGCUGGAAACUUGUGACUUUGGAUGAGAAUAAGCACGCUGGCCUGGCAUCGCCUUCCUGUCACGCAGUUUUACGGUCCCCACAAUUUCGAACUGUUGUCAUGUUUGCCAUUCUUGCCAACGGAAUUACCACGGCAACUAUGAAUUUUAAACACGAUGAAAGACCAAGACAUACAUACUACCAUUACUACUAUUAUGCCGAGGUCAGUGUGAUCGUUUUUACGAUACUUCUGGACCUCGAAACACUUUUCAAAAUCUGGUGCCUGGGAUUCCGAGGGUACUACAAACAUUCUAUUCAUAAAUUCGAAUUAUUAUUAGCAGUUGGUACAACUCUUCAUGUCAUCCCGCUAUUUUACCUCUCCGGAUUUACAUACUUUCAGGUACUAAGAGUAUUCAGGCUAAUCAAAGCCUCUCCAAUGCUGGAAGACUUUGUGUACAAAAUAUUCGGACCUGGAAAAAAAUUGGGCAGCCUCAUCAUUUUCACUAUGUGCUUGUUGGUCAUAUCUUCUAGUAUUUCCAUGCAGUUGUUUUGUUAUCUCUGCGAUUUCACGAAAUUUGAAAGCUUCCCUGAGGCAUUUAUGUCCAUGUUCCAAAUAUUAACACAAGAAGCAUGGGUAGAAGUUAUGGAUGAGACGAUGCUCAGGACUCAUGAAACUAUGGCCCCAUUUGUUGCAGUUUAUUUCAUCCUAUAUCAUUUAUUUGUAACUCUGAUCGUGUUGAGCUUGUUCGUCGCUGUAAUCUUGGAUAAUUUGGAGCUCGACGAGGAUAUAAAAAAGCUGAAGCAGCUCAAGUUUCGUGAACAAAGUGCUGAGAUAAAGGAAACUCUACCAUUCAGGCUACGAAUUUUUGAACGAUUUCCAGACAGUCCACAAAUGACUUGUCUGCAUAAAGUACCCUCAGAUUUCAAUCUCCCAAAGGUCAGGGAAAGUUUCAUGAGGCAAUUUAUAUUUGAAGUUGAAGACGACGAGAAUGAGGGAGUUAAAAAAGUGAACGAAACAUUCGAUUCGAAAAUGGUAUAUCGGAAACAGAGGCCUGUAAAAAUUCUUAACAAUCCGCCGAAAGUACGGAACAUAGUGACCAAUCUGAGAAAGGCUGCGAUUACCUAUAUCAUCAAUGAUUCUAAUAAUCAACGAUUGAUGCUGGGAGAUUCAGCAAUGAUUCCAGUGCCUGGAAAAAGUCUCCUUAAACCGCAAGGCACCGUUAGUAGUGCAAAACAAUUAAGAAUAGACCAAAAAAAAUCAAUUCGAAGGAGUGUACGAAGUGGAUCAAUAAAAUUGAAACAAACGUAUGAGCAUCUGAUGGAAAAUGGCGAUAUAGGAGCUAUAAAUAGAGUCAGCUCUUCCAGAAGCAGACCUCAUGAUCUGGAUAUCAAAUUAUUACAGGCAAAAAGACAGCAGGCGGAAAUGAGAAGAAACCAACGGGAAGAUGAUCUCAGAGAAAAUCAUCCGUUUUUUGAUACACCGUUGUUUGCCGUACCCCGUGAAAGCAAAUUUCGAAAGAUUUGUCAGCUAUUGGUUUAUGCCCGGUACGAUGCACGUUUGAAGGAUCCUCUCACCGGAAAGGAAAGAAAAGUUCAAUACAAAAGUUUGCAUAAUUUCCUUGGCCUCGUAACCUACCUGGAUUGGGUUAUGAUAUGCGCGACUACUUUAUCCUGCAUUUCAAUGAUGUUUGAAACACCCAAGUAUCGUGUAAUGGAAUUUCCAGCACUCCAAAUCGCAGAAUAUGGCUUUGUUAUAUUCAUGAGUCUCGAACUUGCCCUAAAAAUUUUAGCCGAUGGGUUAUUUUUUACUCCAAAAGCUUAUAUCAAAGAUGUGGCUUCUGUCCUCGAUGUAUUCAUUUAUGUGGUGAGCUUGGUAUUUCUCUGCUGGAUGCCAAAAAGCAUUGCUCCGAAUUCUGGGGCGCAAUUAUUAAUGAUAUUACGCUGUGUCAGACCUCUGAGAAUAUUUACACUCGUCCCCCACAUGAGAAAAGUUGUCUACGAAUUGUGUCGAGGUUUCAAGGAAAUCUUGUUGGUAUCAACUCUCCUCAUUCUGUUGAUGUUCGUCUUUGCAAGUUACGGUGUCCAAUUAUACGGUGGGCGUUUGGCCCGCUGUAACGAUCCCACAAUUUUGAGGAGGGAAGACUGCGUUGGAGUUUUCAUGAGACGAGUUUUUGUUACCAAAAUGAAACUGCAGCCAGGGGAAAACGAGAGUUAUCCUUCGAUAUUGGUACCCCGUGUUUGGGCCAAUCCCAGAAGGUUCAAUUUCGACCAUAUCGGGGACGCGCUGCUCGCAUUAUUUGAAGUUCUCUCCUUCAAAGGUUGGCUCGACGUUCGUGACGUUCUCAUCAAGGCGCUUGGACCUGUUCACGCAAUUUAUAUACACAUAUAUAUAUUUCUCGGAUGUAUGAUAGGACUUACUUUGUUCGUUGGCGUUGUUAUUGCGAAUUACUCUGAGAACAAAGGGACAGCAUUGUUGACGGUUGACCAACGACGAUGGUGCGAUCUGAAAAAGAGAUUGAAAAUAGCCCAACCAUUGCACCUCCCUCCUAGGCCGGACGGAAAAAAAUUCAGAGCUUUCAUUUACGACAUUACCCAAAAUAUUUAUUUCAAAAGAUUCAUUGCGGUAAUGGUACUCAUCAAUAGUGGAUUGCUUUGUGUAUCCUGGCGGAGUGAGGAAGAACACACAGAGGCGUUGGCGACGGUUUCGACAAUCUUGACGUUAGUAUUUCUGGUCGAAGUCGUGAUGAAAAAUAUAGCUUUUACUCCACGUGGUUACUGGCAGUCCAGGAGAAACAGAUAUGAUUUACUCGUCACAGUUGUCGGAGUGAUUUGGAUUAUUAUUCAUUGGAUGAUAAAGAACGAUUUGUCCUACUUCAUUGGAUUCAUGGUUGUCAUCUUGAGGUUUUUCACCAUCACUGGAAAGCAUACGACCCUAAAGAUGCUCAUGUUGACCGUCGGCGUAUCUGUUUGCAAAAGUUUUUUCAUUAUUUUCGGAAUGUUUCUAUUAGUAUUUUUUUACGCACUCGCAGGUACUAUCAUUUUUGGAACUGUAAAGUACGGCGAGGGAAUUGGAAGACGCGCGAAUUUCGAGUCCCCGGUAACCGGAGUUGCUAUGCUCUUCAGAAUCGUUACGGGAGAAGAUUGGAAUAAGAUAAUGCACGAUUGUAUGAUUCAACCACCGUAUUGUACACCAGCUGCUAAUUACUGGGAAACUGAUUGCGGCAAUUUUCACGCCUCGUUAAUUUACUUUUGCACAUUUUACGUUAUUAUUACGUACAUAGUUCUUAAUUUGCUAGUGGCUAUCAUCAUGGAGAACUUUUCAUUGUUUUAUUCGAAUGAAGAGGAUGCGUUGUUAUCCUAUGCAGACAUAAGAAAUUUUCAAAACACGUGGAACGUGGUGGACAUACAUCAGAGGGGUGUUAUUCCAGUCAGACGGGUGAAAUUCAUCCUCCGCCUACUGAAAGGCAGAUUGGAAACAGAUCCACAAAAGGACAGACUUUUAUUCAAAUAUAUGUGUUAUGAAUUGGAGAGAUUACACAACGGAGAAGAUGUCACUUUUCACGACGUAAUAAAUAUGCUGUCCUACCGGUCGGUAGAUAUUAGGAAGGCUCUGCAAUUGGAAGAAUUAUUGGCACGAGAAGAAUUCGAAUACAUUAUAGAAGAGGAAGUCGCGAAGCAAACAAUUCGUACGUGGCUGGAAGGCUGUUUGAAAAAAAUUAGAGCCGUUGGGAAACAACAGAACAGCUUAAUCGCUGGUUUGAGGGCGACAAAUGAUGCACUCAUGUCGUUGCAAGACCACGUUGAAGAAAAGACUAAAGAAAAUAGCGUAGACAGAGAUGCGGAUGAAGUGGAACAAAAGGAUGGGGAGGGCCUCAGGCAUAGGACCAAGAAGCCCGUUGUCCUUCCGAGAUCUGACAGUAUCGGUAGUGGUUCUGGCAGAAAAUAUCUCGCCCCGACGUUGUCUGAUCCAGCAACAGUUAGGACUGAUAAAGAAAAAAUCGCUGCGGCCAAAAAGAGGAACAACAGACCUCCCCCCGUAGUGAAAAAUAAUUUACCACAUGUUACCGAGGGAGCAGAACAAAAUAGGCAACCGAAGGAUGUUCAGAAUAAUAAAGCUGCCAUGCCUAAAUUUUCUAGCAUAAUGGUAGAGGUAAGAGACUGGUGGCACGAACAGGUUGCUUAUAAUACACAGUCAAGCGAUGAAGAAUAUUGAUUCUUCCAACGAACAUGUGCGGCGAUUCAUGUUCAAAAUAAUGAACAAUAUUUAUCACCUUGGGAGAAGCCUUUUUAUAACAAUGUUAUCGUUAUAUAUAUUGAACGGUCGUACACAAUGUAUGCUAAAAAAUCAUAUUAGUACAGCCAAUAUUCCGGUAUAGCGAUCGAAUGUCGCUUUAGAUUUGGAACGAAUAAUUUCACUAACAUGGGCGACGAAAACAACAAUAACAUCAAUCGCUAUAUUAAUAGUAAUAAUAAUGAUAGGUAUGAUUACAGUAGCAUGAUAUUUAGAUAAAAAAUUUUAUACAAAAAGGUGCCAGAGCCAUUAUUUAUAUAUAAAGAUAGUGAUAAUGUAACGUGAAAAUGAAUAAGGUUGAAAAGGGCAACUGUUAGUACAAUGAGCACAGGAUACGAUUCGAAGAAAAUUUUUAAGCGAUGGAAAUAAUCCGGCUCCUAUUAAAAGUUUAAGGCAUUUCAAUGUGUUUCGUUGUAAUGAGAUGUUAAUGAAGUUACCGAUUGAUCAUAUGCAUCUUUUAUGGAGAACUAAUGGUAGAUCUGAUAUUUGAAUUAAAUAUACGGAAAAUGGCAGUUAUGCGCAUUGUACGAUUCGCGAUAGUUGGCAUUUUUAUCAUAGAUAAUGACCAUUUCAUUCCAGUCUUAAAUGGAAUUGAUAACCUGUUCAAGAUUCAAGACUGGUGAGUUUCCGUUUUAAAAGAAAAUACGUUGUUACUAAGGAGGGAUAUUUGAAAAAUCUUAAAAUUUUGUAACUUCGCGAAUAGUACCCAUGCAUAUAAGUUUCGUGGUCUAUGUGAUCUGGUUUAAUGAAAAGCAGUAGCGGCGUCGAAUGAAGCAUGAUUUAAAGUAAUAAGGGGAAGAAGAAUAAUUAAAGAUUGAUGUAUGGUCGCAAUAGGAAUAUACAAUAAUUGUAUUUCAGUGUUUGACAUUAUAUACUUAUACGUACAUACUAAGAAUGUACGAGCUUGAGCUGGUAUGAAUUCGAAUAAUGUAGGUCUAUCUAUGUACUAUUCGUUGAUUGUAUAAUGUAAAAAGACAUAUUAUAUAUUCACAUAAGAAUGAAAUACGUAGGGACACAAGUUACGUUCAUGUUAUCGUGAAAAAUGUUGAUCAUUGUUGCCUCGUUGAUGUGCCAAUGUGUUGUAUUUUAGAGAGCCAAUUAAUUAAUGUUACUAUAUGAUAUAUAUAUAUUA